UAAAGUCGUAUUGGAAAGUUGUUAUGCAAAAAGAAAUUGAAGAAUAUUUCCUCUAUUCUGGGUGGAGUCACAAGGAAACAUUAUAUCCCUACACAGCAAAAUGUUUGAGAAGUUUUAUCAAACUCAAAACAUGUUUCACGUGUCCUCUUCAAGAAGAGUGAUGGGUUUGUGUGUCCUUCAAACAGAAGACUUAAUAGAAAGUGAUUGGAAAAAAUCUGAAUGGAAGGAACUUGUGUUAAAAUUGUGCUAUUCAAUAUUAUGAACAGUUUUCAUUGCCUAAUAAAUGAUCUUGAGUAUACCAAUUUACGUAAGUUCUGAAGAUGGGAAGAAUUUUCCUGGAUCAUAUUGGUGGCACUCGCCUGUUCUCAUGUGCAAACUGCGACACGAUUCUGACCAAUCGUUCUGAGCUCAUCUCUACUCGUUUUACAGGGGCUACAGGAAGAGCCUUCCUUUUUAACAAGGUGGUAAAUCUGCAAUACAGCGAAGUUCAGGAUCGGGUCAUGCUCACUGGCCGCCACAUGGUUCGAGAUGUGAGCUGCAAAAACUGCAACAGCAAACUGGGUUGGAUUUAUGAAUUUGCCACUGAAGACAGCCAGCGCUACAAGGAAGGCCGUGUUAUCCUGGAAAGAGCUUUGGUCCGAGAGAGCGAAGGAUUUGAGGAGCAUGUUCCGUCCGACAAUUCCUGAAGGGACUUGAGUCUCUCUUCAGGUUUUCUUCAUUUGAAACUCAGAAAUAAUAAAAAUCAACAAAAAAUAUCUACUUGCAUACACUGUCACCUUAGCAUCAGAGUCGGAUUCAUGGACUACAGAGUGGGAAAGAUUGUAAGAGAAUUUCAGAUGGAAUCUUUCUUUCUUUAUUCCUUUUAUAUUUUACUUUCCCUCCAGCAGCUGAUUGUAGAAAGAAUGUUGUGCAGAUGCUGUAACUUUCUCUCUUGCAUUUACAUCUGUUAGAUCUGAGAUUGUAUCUGCAGAUACAAUGUGCUAAAAGGAAAAUAACGGGGAAGUUUCUUUUGUUAGAGAGAAAUCAGUGAUUUUGUUUUAGUUUGCACAAACUGAUGUCAGUAUAAAGUUAUUUUAAAACUACAUUUUUUUUAAAGUAUCUUCCAAUUUUUGGCUUAAACUUUUGGUUUUUUACCCAAUCCUUUCAUCUGAUUUGCUAGCUUAAGUGAAGAGAUCCGAAUUUGUGCCGAGUGCUAAAGGUUCAGUGUUGGUACAGCUUGGGCUGGCCAUUGUGCCAUAUUCUUGUUGAGGUUGAUUGGUAGCACAGAGCCCAUUAUUUCUUGUUGUUCUUGACCCAAAGAUGUCACCAUUCCUCAUUUAUUUGUGAAAUCCCAUUCACCAUGUAAGCUGGUGUUGAUUGGAAACUUUUUGAAAUAAGGCAAAACUGCUUGGCUUUUUUUUCUUUUAACUGAUGUAACUUAUAUGCAUAGUAAUAAUAUAAAAUAAUAGUUGUCUGUUUAGUCUUGCAGUGCUUUACAAAUCAGAAGCUGUGUUUGUAAUGAUAGGGAUCCACUGAGAAACUACUGUUUCAGUAGUAAUAUUUUUUCUUUCUUCAUCUCUACUAAUCUCAUUAAGUAGACAGGCAAUUGCAAAUCUUAAUUCUUCAAGGAGCUUUCUUUAAACCCAGAACUUCCUAUGUUAAACACAGCUGCUGUGUAAAAGGAGAAGAUUGCCAGCAUGUUUGUUCAUGCAUCGAGUAUGCAAUCUGCAUCUCUUGAAAACAAGCUGUUUAAGUUAAUCUUUUCAAAUGCUGCUUCUGGUGUUGAAACUCUUAUCUCUUUCAACCUUGUUGAAUCUUUUCAUUGUGAUGUUAGGUUCUUAUCUUUCUGGGCAGCAGCACAUGUAAGCCUGGUUGUAACUAGUGACUUGGAUUCCUGCUUUCUUCUGUAGAGAUCAGCUCUGUUCUUGCCUUUUAGCAAAAAUGUUCUUCAUUAACUUAACUCAAGGGUGCCCAAACACUUUCAUUGUGUCUUAAGCCAUAAAUUAGGAUUUCAAGGGCUGCAGUUAAUUUGAAUGUUAGAUAUGCAUGAUUCUUUAUUAUGCUUUUUUUCUCUCUCUUUAGACAAAUUGCGGUCAACAUGAAAUAUGUUAUCUAGAGACACACAAGAGAAAAACAAAAUGAUCUAAGCUCUGACCUUUCAGAAUAACUUUUCUUCAUUAGCCACAGCUCCACUAAAUUGUGGAGGGUGACUCUGCAGAGUUUUUUGUUUUUGUUUUUAUUAUUAUUAUUUUUGGUUGCGUAGUGGCAAUUUGGACACCCCUGACUUGAAUCUACUGCCUAUUUAAUGUAAAAGUAGCUUUACUAUAGAAUUGUCACAUAGAAAGGAAACAAAUUAGAUCACGUACCAGAGCUGUGCUUGAAUCAAGCUGCUUAAACAAUAGUGUACUUGUGCCUCAAAUGAAUCAGUUCUUGCACUGGGUACAGUAGAACCCCAUUAUCUUGUACUUCUGUUCUUCAUAAACCCCAGAAGUCCCAUUAGCAUGGUCCUCUGCAGUACUCUUGUACUUCUGACAUUACAAUACAAUAAAGUAUGUUUUGUCCUGAA